CGAUGCUAAGCCGAUGACGUUCGAAUUUCAGCGCGCCUUCGCCACCGCGCAAGAUGGCCACGGCGGGAGUUCCGGUUCGUCGCGCGCUGAUCGCGAGAGGAUUUCGCGGGCGGCCGAGUUUAUGGCCGCGACACCGUAGGGGAUUAUGUCGGCGCAGAGUGCGGAUCUUCCAAGAUGCAUCACCAGCCAGGAGGAGGAAAUGAUCCUGCGCGACCCUGAGAACAAUCCUGUGGACAUACUGGAAUGCUUGUCGGUGAUGAUCAAUGAGGACAAUGUCAACGACGCAGGACAGAUACAGCAACUUAUAUUGGACGACCAAUUGCUCGGUACAAUGCUGAUUACACUGCCUGAUGGGAGUCAAGCUUUCGUUACGAAUAACCUCAGUAAUAUUGAUCCAGACUUCAAAACACAAACAUUGCAGACACUUGAAAACGGGAAUACUAUUUUACUACGAGGUUUAUCGGACUUCAACGAUGGCAAGGCUCUUCAGUUGGAGUUAGACCCAACUUCGUUCGUACAAACCGAGGUGGCCGCUGCGGACAACGCGGAGAACACCUAUUCGCAGGUCGAAUUUAUCAACGGUGCGACGUACAUGGUAACCGGCCAUGUGAACGUCGGCGAGGGUUUGUGGGAGAUCGAAGAUGGGAAAUUGAAGAAGAAAGAUUCCAAGAUUUUGAUCGACAAGUUAUCGGAUGCAAAGAUCAGGUAUCCUUGUCCGAGAGAAGGUUGUUCCAAAGUCUACAGCACACCGCAUCAUCUCAAGGUUCAUGAGCGUUCGCACACGGGUCAGCGGCCGUACAGAUGCACCCACUCGAAGUGCAAGAAGAGCUUCUCGACAGGCUAUAGCCUGAAGGCGCAUUUGCGAACUCACACAGGCGAGAAACCGUACAAAUGUUCCAACGAGGCGUGCAACAAGAGUUUCAAGACGUCGGGUGAUCUGUUGAAACAUGUACGGACCCACACGGGGGAGCGCCCUUUCAUAUGCCCGUUUCAAGGUUGCGGUCGAUCCUUCACCACGAGUAACAUCAGGAAGGUUCACGUGAGGACGCAUACUGGCGAGCGGCCGUAUAAAUGCACGCAGCCGAUGUGCGGCAAAGCGUUCGCCAGUGCGACGAAUUACAAGAACCACAUGCGCAUUCACUCCGGCGAGAAGCCUUACAUUUGCACCAUAGAAAAUUGCGGUAGAAGCUUUACCGAGUACUCUAGUCUGUAUAAACAUCAUCUUGUACAUACGCAACAACGACCGUUCGAGUGCACGCUGUGCUCCAGGAGAUACCGGCAGAGCAGCACUCUGGUGAUGCACAAGAGAACGGCACACGCAUUUGUCGACAGCGACGACGGCGGCACGGAUGCAUUUUUCCCAGAUGCUUUGGAUAUCUCUAGUCAGAAUAGGAGCAAAGCCGCGAAAGAAACCCACAAACUACCAAGCAAAGAUGGGCAGGUCCAGAUUUCUAAGAUAGUCGACGAUGCAAGCGAUAAGGAGCCGCAGAUUUUAUUGGUUGGUGAUCCUUCGCACAUCGCUGCAUUGCAGAAAAUCGAUCUGGACGAGAAUUUCGACGAUCCUGGCAUCGAUACGUCCUUCGAAGAACUGAACAUCAAGAUCGAGGAUAUAGAAUUCGGAUGGAAUUAAUGCCAGAGAAGAAGAGGAAGGAGCUAAUUGCACGACGUGGGAAAGUCUCGAGCAUUGAGUGUUGGUGAUCCACUCGUGAGAAUGUACUUCUUAAUACCCGAGCUCAAAAUCAAAUAAGUGAAUUACGCGAUGUAAUCAAUUGCACGUUGUCAAAACGGCUGAUGUUCGCGACUGUGCGAGCAACUGGUAGCUCUAGUUAGGGGACGCGAGUGAUUUAAUUUCGAUGCAUCAGUUUCGUAAAUUUACCGAGGAGAGCGCGUCGGCAAUUUUGUAAUAAUCAGCGAUGGUUAUUGUACUACAUAUAGUACCUUCAUUUAAUAGUCAUUAACAUUAGGUAAGGAUUGAACCUGACGUGGUUUCGGUGAACGUUGAAUUUCCUGUGCGACAAGGACACGAGCUGAAGAGAAACACUCACAAGUGCGUGAACGCCCCGGAGUUUUCCGGAACCUUUCUAGUUCACAAUUGCACCGCGAGCGACAAGUGUUAUUUUUGCUACACAUUUUUAUUUGAAGAACACAUUCUGACAGACAGAAUGAGGAAGAGAGAGAGAGANGAGAGAGAGAGAGAGAGAGAGAGAGAGGGGGGGAGAGAGAGGGAGAGAGAGAGAGAGAGAGAGAGAGAGAGACUGCACUGUAAUGCGAAAGGGAAUAUUGUAAGACGUAAAUGUUGCGCUUCAAUACUUCUCAUAUAAUAAGUAUCCGAAACUUCGAAGAUAUGUCGGAUACGUCACCGAAAUUGCAUCGGUUUUAAUCCAGGCGUAAUAUCGAGACAAGAUUUUAGCGAAGUUUAUCGAAGAGCUCAAUGUUCAAUAUACUGUUGAUUUCUUCUUAAACUGAAGGCAGUGCCUUACCUGAAAGUUUGUGAAAAUGUGGAAGGAAAUAUAUAUAUAUAUAUAUAUAUAUAUAUAUAUAUAUAUAUGCAUAUAUCUAUAUAUUACAUUUUGUCCAUCUGUAGUUAUCGAGUGUGUACGCGCGAUAUUUUCAUGUAUCAUUCUGAACCUCUCGUUCACACAAACUUGCGCGUUAGGAUAAGUGGUAAUUGAUAAAGCGCUGCAUACCGUGAUGUCACUUGCAGCUUGCAAUAUUGCGUCGUUGUGCAAUUUUGUUUUAUCUUUCGACUAAAUGACUGAAGUGACGUUUAUUUUUAAUUUUGCCGGUAAAAGUUACACUGAAACGUGCGUGCAGUUAGGUCUUACUGUUGUUGUCUACGGACUGUAGCACUUGACUUCUUCUUUCUGACGGCCCGCGCCGGCUGCUUUUUUUUGCGUCGUCUUCGGUUAUUUUCCUAAAUCGCGGCGGGAAGUCUGAGAGAAAGUUAUGUCCGCGCUGCCAAAUGCCGCGAUAAGCAGUAUGUUAAAUUUGCGAUGUUCAAAGCCGAAGUGAACUGCGAGAAAGGCUAAUGUGUUGCUUCCGUCGAAUUGAGAAACGUUAAAAUAUCGUAACGCAGGUUACGUGAUAUAUAAAGGGAUAUAAUGCCGUGUAGGUAGUGAAUCCGACGAAAGAUACAUUUCAUCGUAAUUGAUAUUAAAAUGUAGCGAGACGAUGCAUUGUAAAAAGAAGAAAAAGAACGUAGAAGAUUGGAAGACUUGUGAUGACAUACUUUGUAACAAUAGAUGGAUACGAUUAUCGUUGUGAUGCACAAAUGUUCCACGAACGAAAGGGAAACAUAUGUAUUGUGUUUUUGUAACAUAUCUUAAUUUUUCGAAUUAAAUUGCUUUUUUCAUUUUUAAAUACCGUUACAACGUAUAUAUUUUUGUAAAAAAUUUUGGUAAGUAGUCGAGAUACAUGUAGUUACCUGAUAGAAGUGAAAGAUGUAACGCUAUGGUCUAAAAAUGUGGUCGGUGAAAAGGAGAAGAAAAGAAAAAAAACGAGAAAUAAAAGCAAAGUUGGGAGAAUCAAAUGUCAAUCAAUUUUUUCCGGAGAUUCUAAAGAUAGUCCGUCACGCAUUGGAUCCGUCAGAUAAAUUUAACGUUUCUUGCCAAUCGGAUUCUCAUGGCUAAAAGGGGUACGAGUAUUGUCAUUAGUGUUCGAUCGCUAAUUAAACGGAUUGAUUAGCACGUUCAAGCACGAGUCACGAGAUAUGGCGGGCGAUAUACGGCUUUACGAUCGAGAAAUAAUUGGCUUCGGAAAUUAAACGUAGAAAUUUCGAAAAGUCAGAUAACGAGAAACACAUGUAUGUGUAUCUAUUUUUAAAAAUCUCAGUGCACUUUCCCCACCCCUUAAAAAAUAUUUUUUUGUUUCCAAAAUAACAAUAAUUGUAAAAUGUCAGAAUUACAGAGUAGCUCACUGAGAUUCUCUUAAAUGAACAUCUCAGUAAGCAAGAAACAUUAAAUCGAUCUUUUAAAACAUUGAUCUCACGUGGAUUUUAUAAACAUUUUGACAUAAUAUCUUAUAAAUAUUUCUAAGCCAUUACUUGAUAACGUAGUAUUGUUAAAUAUUAAAAGCAUAGUGUAGAAAUAUUAUUUUCAAUGUUUCGGUCGAGUAUUAUUAACGAUGACGUACGUGACAUUAAGAACACGUUUUAAGAGACUACAUAUUUGAGAACUUAAGAACUGCACAUUUUAAAACGUUAUAUGUUACAGAAUGUCAUUGUAACAACGUCAUGUUAAUGAUUUCUUGCUUACUGGCACGUAUCUUUCCUCAUUCUCUCGCAUAUUUAUAGGGUACUUAGUACAUCGCGUAGUUUCAACGAGAGAAUAAUAGGACUUCUUUUCGAUCCUCCCACCAUGCGAGCGAUCUUUUGUGUAGUGCUGCUCCCGAUUACGGAUAGUCUCCAUUCGGCCAAGUACUCGACCGCGCUGAUACGUUCUAAUCUCCGCAGGUAACGCUCGAAGCCUCAACGUCGCUACUACGAAAUCACCGUUUUGGAAUUUCGUCAAUGUGCCCGUGAAAAUUAACGCGCAAGUUUCGCGACACCGCCGGAAAAUGCGGCUCGUCCUUUUGAUACGCGCUUCAGCGAUAUGAGACAGG